UUCAGACGUGGCAAUUGCUGACGUCAUUCUAACGCGGCCAUUUUCGACAGGGUGAACCGAGUCUGGCUCUCGUUCUGGAGUUGAUUGGAUGCAAUUUCGCUUUUACCCAGACAUAUUGCCUAAGAAGACUAAAGUGUCAGGCAAGAUUAAGAAAAGAUGAUGGAAGAGAGUGGAAUAGAGACCACGCCACCCAGCACUCCUCCACCUCCCCAUAGUGCUGCUGUCGCCGUCAGUCCACCUCCUCUCACAACAGGUCUUUCUAGUCCGCUGACGCUUCCUAGCACCACAGGCAUCUCCAACUUUGCCCCAGAGGGCUUCUCCACACCAGCACCCCCUACAGCAGUGACCUCCACCCUGCCACCCAUUCAGUCCUCUCCUCCUCCUCCAUUCUCCCUCAGCCCCAUGAAGCCGCUGUCCACAGCCUCUCCAGUGCCAGCUCCUUCUCUGGGUGUGGGUGUGAAUUUCAACAGUCCAUAUACCUCGCCUACUGCUCCACCUCCUCCAGGCCCGGUGCUGUCUGCUCCGCCAAUGGGGCCGCCCACCACCGGUUUCAGUGCUCAUGCAACAUAUGACAUCACACGCGGACAUGCCGGCCGUACUCCACAGACUCCACUGAUGCCCAGCUUCUCCAGUGCACCACCCAUGCCAGGUGUGGUUACAAACCCAAUGAUGCAACAGCCAGUGAUGUCUGGUGGUUUAGACGUUGUCUCUCCGAUUACUUUCCCAGAAGAUCAUGACGAUCCCAGCGUUCCUCAAGACAACACGUCUGGAGGUGGAAUAUGGGGCUUCAUCAAGGGUGUGGCCGGUAACCCCAUGGUGAAGACGGUCCUGGACAAAACCAAGCACUCUGUGGAGUCUAUGAUCACCACAUUAGACCCUGGAAUGGCUCCAUACAUUAAAUCAGGAGGUGAUCUGGACAUUGUGGUGACCUCUGAUAAGGAGGUGAAGGUAGGAGCAGUGCGGGAUGCCUUCCAGGAGGUGUUUGGCAUGGCCAUGGUGACUGGGGAGGCAAGCCAAUCCAACAUUGCUCCUCAGCCAGUGGGCUACGCAGCAGGAGUCAAGGGGGCUCAGGAGCGUAUUGACAGUCUACGCCGUACUGCCGUAAUCCACGAGAAACAGCCUGUGGUCUCUGUGGAGAACUUCAUAGCAGAGCUCUUUCCAGACAAGUGGUUUGACAUUGGCUGUCUGAUUCUGGAUGACCCUGGCAAUGGCAUCCACAUCGAAACUUUCACACAGACUACUCCUGUAGCUCUGGAACACGUACAACAGGCUCAGUCUCUCACCCCUCCGGAUUACAGUCUGCGCUGGUCCGGCCUGCUCGUGACCGUAGGCGAGGUGCUAGAGAGGAACAUGCCCAAUGUUAGCCGCACAGACUGGCACCAGGCCUUCACUGGCAUGUCCCGCAGGCAGAUGAUCUACAGUGCUGCCAAAGCUCUGGCUGGCACAUACAAACUGCAGCUGCCCCCCAGGAUGGUAUAAGAUCAUCUAAACACCCACUCUGCUCUCAGAACACGGACACUGCCUGUCAGAAAAUGGUGUCUCAGUAGAAAAUGAGUCACUGACUAAUUUUUAACCCGAGACAUGGAAUGGAAUGCAGCAAAGUUGCCCAAGAAUUCUGAGCAGGAUUGGUCUACCUUUUAUGCACAUGUAUAAAAGCAAGUUACCAAUGUUACAGUGGUGGAGUAAGACUUGUAUAUGUGUUAGAAUUUAUUAUACCCUGACAUGUGUCGUAUGCAAUUGGAGGUUAUCCAUGAGUUUAUAGAUAUUUUGGAAAGGGAGCAUGGCGAGACCAAGCUGAGAUCAACAGUAGGGCAUGUGGGCCUAAAUAACAUUGACAUCCUGAUGUGAAAUUAGGUUGCAAAUACCAGAUACUGGCACCAGUUUUUCGAUACCUGAGCAAGUAUGCCAUGUGCCAUGAUAGAAACAUAACAGCAGUAUUGUUAAUUAUUGCUUUUGAAAUAUUCAGGAACAGAUAAACUACUAAUCAAAUAAGGGCUGUGGGAAUUGAUCCUGAUCUGGGUUCCACAGUAGACUGUAGCUUUUGUUAAUAUAGAUUAUCCAUCUAUUCAUUCGUUAGUAGAAUAUUCAACUACUAAUCAUGUCAUGUAUCAUUUAUUUUCAGAUAAGUGGCCUGAAAAACUGAUUUAUUUGUAAGACGAUCCUUGUAAAAGCAUCAAAUAUCUUUUCCCAGCCAAAAAAAAUAAAAAAAAAGGGCCAUGGACUAUGUUAAGCCCUGAAUCUGUUUUCUAAUAGUUGUUUUCCGUCGAUGAACAUGUUUUUAACAUCAUUUUUCAUACUUUGCUUUGAUACAUAUGCCGAUUGAGUCAAACAUUACAGUACUUGCAUUCGUUUGCAUUUUGCCAAUAGUUAGAUUUUAUCGGCUGGUUCACCAUGAGUAGAGUACUGGCUACUCUUAUAAAAUAUCAAUGAUCUUUAACAUUUGUAGACGUUUGUACUGAGUCUUUGUCAUAUAGUCCAUCCAUCUUGAAUUAAUUGAUUGAACUCAGGAUUGUAUUUAGCCCAUUUUAAAGCACAAACUGUGCAGUGUAUAUAGAGUAAAUAUUCAUUUUCUCUUACCAAAGGACAUAUAAACUGCUUCACUGCAGAUGCUUUUAAAGAAAAAUAGAUUUCACUUUUCUUAAAGACUCUGAAUUUUUGUUUGCCUGAUUUGCUGCAUACAGAAAACUUGGAUUUGUUCAUUACAAUUUUGUAAAAGCCUAAAUAGGAACACUUUAUUCUAGCCUGAGGGGUGGAUAAUCUGAAGUUUGUGCAAAUUUGUGUGCUCUAAAUACUUACCUUUUAAAGUAGAUAUCAUGUUGCCUCGAAAAGUAUAAACUAGAAUUAAACUUUAAUGAAAACACUGUUGCUCAGUAUCAUGAUGACACCUUUGGCAUAUUUGACAUUGAUGAGGUUCAUGUUUUAUAGAAAAAACAAAACUGGGGGUUAUUUUUGGCAUGUUACAUUUCUAGUCUCUAUUAGGUGAAAAAAAACAGAACCAAAUUAGUUUUUAAAUAAUCUUUAACAUGAAGCUUGUAAAAAUUUGUGAAGGUUGUCACUGUUCAUUGUUCAGAUUUCCUGUCUCUAUUGAAGAUAGUCUAAAACCACUCAGAGUGAUACAGAAGCCUGUGAAAAUCUAAACGACUCUGAGUAUGACCUCUGAGAAUUUUGUCAUAUAAUUUUUUUUUUUAAAAAAAAGAUGUGUAGUUGUGUACUGUUCACUAUCAAGGCCAAAAUCACUGUCAGACAUCGACUAUACAAUGUGUGAUGUGAGGAAAUGAAUAGAUCUGAGAGCAUGUAAUGAGGUGGAAAAAUAGAUACUGCCUUUAACAUAAUGUCGUUUUUUUUUUUUUCUAAAAUGCUUUUGGAUGCUUAUCUUUGGACCUCCAUUAAUUGUACUUCCUAAAGGUGCCUUCUGUCUGCAGAAGAGUAAAGACGUUUUCAGUAAA